AUGAUGGAUUGCUGUUCAGGAAGGCACAGUGCAGUACCUUUGCGGAAUUUGGACGCCUUAGGCGGAGGCCAUCUGUUGAGAGAAACCAGAGGCAUCGACUCUUUGUCUGGAGUCACCUACGGAACCCAAAAACGAUUCGACACUUUGGGGGGUAGUACCUACGGUGGCCACAAGCGUUCGCCCCUAUCGCCCUACCAAUUGGCAACCCUCCAACAACAUCAACAUCAACUUCAAUUGAUGGACAAGAAGAAUUUCGACGAGAUCGACAGGAGCGGAUUCGACAGUUUCGUCAAAAAGAAUUUCGAUGAAAUCGACAGGGGCGGAUUCGACGGAUUCGUCAAACGAAUGGGAGGAUACUUUUACGAUUCGAAUCCACCUAGUCCACGUUAUUAUUACGAUUUGGAAUAA